GGCGAUUCAUUGCGUCACACAAAAGAGGGCGAUUCAUUGGGUCUCUCAUCCUGUGUUGUCGUCGGUUCUUCUUGUUGUGUUCAGAUCAAGUGAGAUCUUUGACCUGUUCGUUGAGUUCCAUUUGCUGUUGUGGUGAUGGAGAGUGCUGGUGAGAAGCGCGACGUCAUGGAGGCGAUGGGAGAGGCAGUAGACCCUGAGCCUGAGGCUGGUACGCACGUGAAGGGGAUGAGUGAUCAUUGUGUGCUGACAUGUGCUCGCCGUGUGUCGCUGUGUGCAGUUGGAACUGGUGCUGCGUCUUCGAGCAACGCUGACGUGUCGGAGGAGCGUAAGAAGCUGGAGGCGGGGUUGGUGGACGCUCUGAGUGAGGGUGAUUGGCGACGCGUACGCAAGGGUGGAGGGUGGCGAGUUCGUGUGUGUCGUGAUGUGUGAGUGUGUGUGUGUAGGUGUCGGAGUUGGCUCAUGAGCUGCUCGGUCACGGCAGUGAGAGCAAAGAAGUGAAGAGAAAGAAGGUAACGAAGCGGUUUGUCUGCCUGCUUUUGUAUUUGUGGUUUGUGUCGUGUAGGAUGUCGAGAAGGGGAGCGAUGACGACACAGACAAAGAGGGGCUGCGGAAGCGAUCAAAGCGACGCAAGAAGGUAUGUUAGAUGGGAAGACUUUCGUGGGCUUCGGUUGUGUGUGUGUGAUGUGUUGGUGCUAUUGCGUGCUGUAGUGUGUCGCGUCAUCCGCGUCUGAGGAAGAGGGGUCAGCGUCAGAGGCGGCUGAGAGCGAUGCGGACGACAGCGACCCGUUUCGUGGCAUCAGCCUCAAGCCCAAACGCAGCAGGGCACGUCGCAUGCGCCGCAAGUCGAGCACGCGUGCUCGGUCGUCUCGCGACUUGUCCGACAGCGAAGAAGAAUCCGUAAGUGCGGGAUGAAAUGGGAGUGGACAGAUGUGUUGAUGGCUGUGCUUGUUCCUCUUGCAGGAGUCGUCGAAUAAAUUGUUCGAUGAUGAGGCGAUUGAGUGCGAGGUGGGAAGCCACAGAAACAUGGGUGUACGCAUAGUGGGUGUGUUUGAUGGGUCGUGUGUGUGUGUGUGUGUGUGUGUUGCGCCUCCGAGAAAUGUGUGAAGGUGAUUCUGCGUAAGCGAGAGCGUCUGGCCAGCGGCCGAGUGGCCUUCGAUCCUCCGAAGAAGCUCGAGACGAACUGGGCGGACGCCGAGUGCUCUAGCUGCAAAGCGGGGGAGCUCAGCAAGCCGGGGCACUCAGGUAACACGGACAGUCAGGUUCACAUGCUUGUGUCAUCAUAACGUGAUCUGGCGGCGUGUGUCAUGCACUCACUGAUACAGAUAUGCGUUGCCCAGUGAAAAACUUCGAGGAGCAGUUGACUUUCGAGGCGCUGCAGGAGCGCACGUCCAAAAAGCCUGACCAAUACGGAGCUCACGCUUGUGACUAGGUCAUCCAGCCAUUG